GUUUAUUUUUCCACAUUAAUCAUUGUUGUUGAUGUCAGAUUACUGUCAGUGAGCGCAACGAUAUGUAUGUGGGUAUGUGAAUGCACAAUCGGGCGACGUUAAUGGCCUUGGCAUAGAUGGGCAUGGCUUACGACAUCGGAAUUGUGCUUCCGUUGGUUGGAUGUUUUGGUGGCAAUUGUUCAAAUGCAGUUCGGUUCAAAAUCCGUCAGUUCCGGGAUGUGAAUUAUGUUGUUCCAUAUCCUUACGAACCUAAGCGGCCCUCCGAUGACGAGAUUUUGCAGGUCUGUGGUGAACGUUUGGGUGACAACUCAGGCCUCACAUGGUCUUUCGAUGAAAUGCUUCAGUUGCUGUUUUGUAAACAGCAAGAGGUCAAUGCUCUCAAAAGUGUAUUGGACCAACUUCAAGCUGUGCAUGAACAGUCCAUAGAGAGCAUGCUCAAAAAGCUUAAUUUGGGUUCAGAUCGCUUGCGUCAGUUGGCGGACCGCAGCAAGGACGAGCUGAUUGAAUUAGGCGGAAAAGUUUCGCCUGCAAACGUCGGAAGAGCCAAGAGGAAGCUGUUCGACAACCUCGAUGGGAACCAAAAGUUCAGGAAUGAAUAUAUGUAUGAUCAUGUGUAUGUCCACCGUACUCGAAGUUUACUCGUCAUGCAAGAUAUCUUCAUGCAGCUCAAGGCACAAAGUAACACCGCCAUGCAAGAGAACAUGGUCCGCUGGAGAGAAAGGGCGGUCAGUCUUGACCUCCAGGUGAGAAAGUUAUUGACUAUUUCCGACAGUCGCGGAGACGCGGUGGCGCUUACACAACCGCUAUUCAAAGCGCAUAUAGAGGACGUUAUGCGUGAAAUGUCCAAGGCCGAUGCAAUGAGUGCAAUCCGGUGCUUGCAAUGGCUCGCAGAGACAUUCCUUAACAGAGCUAUCAUGGCAGAGGUGCAGGCAGCAUUACAUUUCUCCCUGACAAGGGCUCAGGAGGAGUUCACCAUUGAAUCUUUCUACCGCUUGCUUCUAAACGCUCACUCAGAUCGCAAGCGGCUUGCGGAUAUGGUAGUUGCAGUGCAAUCCGUGACCACAGAUUUUAAUGUCCACGAGUGUGGCUACAAGAUGCAGCAACCGUCUGACAACCAAGCAGCGAAACGGCUGCGGAAGGAGAUUCUUUAUUUUAGCGUUCCAACUGAGAGCCAGCGAGUGUGCUCUGCGACAUCAAUGGAAGCCAAGUUCCACAAUAGGAGUGUCCGAAGCGAGUUCCCCGGCUAUCGUAGCUCGAUUGUGGCCACCGCACAUCAACUCAGAGUCCUUGAAUUGGAAAAACAGUCGUACCUAGAGGACAUGUACGCAGAGUUUGUUGUCGUCAACCAGAUCCAAGGCAUGGACCAGUACGAGACGCUUGCACAUAUUCGCGAAGACGAUGAGAUGCCAGCUCUAUUGUCAGUCCUCUAUGAGGAGCAAGAUGAGCGUUUCAACGACGAUUUCAUCUGAGGACAGUCGUUUUCCACAGGCAGUGUGCAAUGUUUGUUUGAGGUCCGUGCAUGUAGUUCAGAGGCGCAAUAAGCAUCGCGAC